AUGACUUCUAAAAAGAUUACAUGGAAGUCUAUUGUCUUGAUCUUAAGUUGUUACAAGACUAGAUGCCGCCCCUUGCAGGAAUCAGAAAAACAGGUUUUAAAACAAGGUUCUUUCCAAAGGCUAUGCCUCUCGGAUGUAAGCUUUUCGAGUUCCACUCAGGCCAUUGAAGAUCUUUCCAUUUCCCUCGUUGGCUCAAACCUUUACACAUUCACCCUAGAGGAGCUAAGACAAGUCACACAUAAUUUCUCAUGGAGUAAUCUGCUUGGUGAAGGCGGGUUUGGACCCGUGUACAAGGGUUUUGUUGAUGACAAACUUAGACCUGGUUUGAAGGCUCAACCUGUAGCUGUGAAACGACUGGACUUGGAUGGUUUGCAAGGUCACAGGGAGUGGCUGGCAGAGAUUAUAUUUCUUGGACAGCUGAGGCAUCCACAUCUUGUUAAGUUAAUUGGAUAUUGUUGCGAGGAGGAGCACAGGCUUUUGGUGUAUGAAUACAUGGCAAGAAGCAGCUUGGAGAAUCAACUGUUCAGAAGAUGCUCUGCUGCCUUGCCAUGGUCUACAAGGAUGAAAAUUGCAUUGGGUGCAGCUAAGGGUCUGGCCUUCCUUCAUGAAUCAGAUAAACCUGUAAUAUACAGGGAUUUCAAAACAUCAAAUAUCUUACUGGACUCGGAUUACACAGCUAAAUUAUCAGAUUUCGGACUAGCUAAGGAUGGUCCUGAAGGGGAAGACACACAUUUAACAACAACAUGCAUAAUGGGAACACAAGGCUAUGCUGCUCCUGAGUACAUCAUGGCAGGUCACCUUUCCACCAAGAGUGAUGUGUACAGCUAUGGAGUGGUUUUGUUGGAACUGCUUACAGGAAAACGGGUAGUGGAUAGGACACGGCCAAAUCGAGAGCGCAACCUGGUGGAAUGGACAAGGCCUCUUCUGAGAGAUCAAAGAAAGCUGCAGCAUAUCAUAGACCAAAGAUUGGAAGGGCAGUUUCCUAUGAAAGGAGCUAUGAAGGUUGCUGCAUUGACUUAUAAAUGCUUGUGUCACAACCCUUCUCCAAGACCCACUAUGAGUGAUGUGGUAAAGAUACUGGAGUCACUUCAGGACUUCGACGAUGUUAUCAUAGGACCGUUUGUGUAUGUGGCCGUAAGUGAAAGUGGUCACUGA